GGCCGCCUCUUUCAGUUGUCAAAUACCAUUGAUUUGUUGGUUUAGAGAAGAGAAGAAAAUGGAAAUUCCUACGAAAGCGAAAACAAGAGAAAGCAAAAACAUCUUCGCGAUUGCUUCUACAGCCGAGGAUCGGAGGAUUAUGUCUUCCCGUCAGUGCACUCAAGAAGGUGUUCGUGCUGGAGCCAAGGCUGCUGCCGUAGCUUGUAUUGCCAGUGCUAUUCCUACGUUGAUUGCAGUUCGAAAAGUCCCUUGGGCAAAGGCAAACAUUAACUAUACUGGUCAGGCACUGAUUAUAUCUGCAGCGUCGAUUGCUGCUUACUUUAUAACUGCUGAUAAAACUAUAUUGGAGUGUGCAAGAAAGAAUUCCCAUUAUGAGAGAUCAGCUUGAUACACAGGUCACCACCAAGUCUCGGCAACAGCAGCUUGAUGCGUUUCUGUAAAUGGUAAUAGUUGUAUUUAUAAAGACAAUCUUUCUCUUCGAUAAACAAGAUGGGAAGUUGGAUGUUUAUUCUA